AUGGUUGAUCAAGAGUUUUUCACCUUGGCCGAGGAAGCUUUGAAAAUUUUAACGGAAAAAAGCCAAGGCAAUUUCACAUCUCCAAUUUUCAUUGUUAUUGAGGAUGAGAACUGCGACCCACAGACACUCCAAUAUGCUCUUGGAAAAGGGGCAAUUGGAUAUGAAAGUUCCUCGAAACUGGCGACCCUGACUUUACUUGGAAACCACCGGAGGACGAGUGGCACAGCAUUGCCCUCGGUUAUACUUCGGGAGCAACGGCUAGUCCGAAGGGUGUGGUGCUUCACCAUCGAGGGGCGUACCUCAUGUGCUCUGAGUAACGGCUAA